UUUCGGCCGAAACGCUUACACUUUGGCCUGCAAACUUUCCCUUUUUCCGUUUUUCCAGCAGCUGGCCUGCAGCAGUUAGGGGGUGCUAUCCUUGAAAUUGCCAUGACGACCAAGGUUAGACCUGCUAUUCUUUUCAGGGGUCGAAAAGAAAGAGAAAGUGAAUCAGAUGAAACAUUAGUAUAUGAAAAACCAACAAUUUUAGAAGAAAUAAUAAAUACAAAAGUAUCCCAAGUAGAUGACAUUGUAGCAGAAAAAUCAGAAGAAAAUAUUGCAGAGAAAAUAUCAAAAAUACAAAAUGAUGAAAACUUGCUAGACACUAAGGAAAAUGAAGCUAUAAAGGAUACUGAAGUAACACAUCCAACAAAUUGGUUUCAUUACAAUUGGAAUAGUUCUCCAAGAUUAUUAUGUGAAGCAACUGCAGAAUAUGAACCAACAAAUUUAUGUGAAAACUUUACAAAGGGUUGUCAAUGGUCUCCUGAUGGAACUUGUUUAUUAGUACCAUCUGAAGAUUUUAGAAUUCGACUCUAUGAACUCCCUAAAGAAUUAUAUUCUGAAAAAAUUCCUUCAGAAUUGUCAUCCACAAAAUUUUCAGCAGCAUUAACAGUAAAAGAAGGAGGACUUAUAUAUGACACUUGUUGGUAUCCUUAUAUGAGCUCGUGGGAACCUGCAACUUCUUGCUUUUUAAGUACAAGUAGAGAAAGCCCUAUACAUUUAUGGGAUGCUUUUAAUGGUGAAUUAAGAGCAACAUAUCGAGCUUACAAUCAAGUUGAUGAAGUAGAAGCUGCAAUUAGUAUUCGAUUUGUUGAUUCUGCUAAGAAAGUAUGGGCUGGAUUCAAAAAUGCUUUAAGAAUGUUUGAUAUGGAACAUCCAGGUCGACAAACAGAUACUAUUUUAUUUAAGAGAGAUUUUCCAAAUGUAACAGGAUUAGUUUCUUGUAUACGAGAAAAUCCAAUUAUGUCAGGAUUACACCAUAAAUAUCAACAAAACUCUUUUAAACUAGGUUUAUAUAAAGAUGGACCAUUAUGUACUUUUAAAACAGAAAGUGGUGUGACUCAAAUUGAAUUUAGCCCUUGUGGAACUAAAUUAUUUUCAGCAGUUAGACGUAAUAAUGAAUUUUUAUGUUGGGAUCUUCGUAAUCCAGGUACUGUACUUUAUUCACUUGAAGGACGUCAAUCUGAUACAAAUCAGAGAAUUCAAUUUGACAUUAUGCAUAAUGGAAAGGAAAUAGUCUCUGGUGGUACAAAUGGAGACAUAAUAAUUUGGGAAUUACCAGAAAGUACAAAUUGUGAAGAUCUUAAUGUAACACAUGAAAUAAAUCUGUCUCAUGAUUGUAUAAAUGGCAUAAGUUUACACAAAAAUUUACCUAUAGCUGCUAUCAGUACAGGACAAAGACUUUGUGAUACUCUAUCACAAGAUAGAUACAAUAGUGUACAACUAUGGUUGUGUUCUUAAGUUGAUCAUAUAAUAAAUUAUUGUAAUACAGAUAGAUUCACUAUUUUAUAAAUAAAAUUUGUAAUAUUUUUUAUAAUUAAAUUUUUCAUAAUUUUAAACAGAAAAGAAUUAUAUAUAAUAUUUACACGACUAUAUUUUAUUAUUUAACUAUAUUUAAUUUAACUAUACAGAAGUAAAUUUAUGUAUUCCUAGAUUUCAAAUAAAUAAAGUAUUUGUUUAUAUCAAUGAAUUAUAUAAAAAUGAAACUCCCAAUAUGGAAUUUAUAUUUUUCCAAAUAUAUAUUUUAUAUAUUUUUCCAUAGAUGAGUAAUUCAGUAAUUUAUAAAUAAAUUAGUAUGUAUUUAUCUAAUUUAUAUCUGCAGAUUGAUAAAAGUUUUUAA